CGGUACUAAAAGCCGGGAAGCCGCUGAGGACUCACUCGGCCACCUUUCCUUUCCAGCGGCUGGUGGAUACGCGCCCUCUUGGAUUCCUCCUCCUCCUCGAUCUCUCGAUCUCAAACGCUUCCUCUAUCUCCACUAUUCCUCCAUCUUCUCUAGGAUUAGGGUUUUUUCGUCGCGGUUCGAUCCUGCGGCUCACGGAUACGCUGGCUCGCUCGAUCUUUCCCUUCUCCUGUGUUGAUUCACCAGCGAUGGAGCGUCCUCUCGAGUGGGAUUUGGUGAUCAAGGUCAAAUAUGGUGAUACUCUUAAGCGAUUUGGUGCUUUUGUCCAUGGAUUUGGUAUGGAUUAUGACAUGAGCAAACUCAGAUCAAAGAUUGUCAAUUCUUUCAAUCUCAACUCAGAUGCUGAGCUAAUUCUUACCUAUACUGAUGAAGAUGGUGACAUUGUAACACUGGGUGAUGAUGACGACUUGCAUGAUGCUGUUGUUAGUCAGCAUUUGAACCCUCUACGGAUUAAUGUUCAGCUGAAGUCUGGUACUGGUAGACAUUCUGAUCUAGAAUCUCAGACAGCAAAACCCACUCCCGAAAUGUCACCACAAAUCAAAAAUCAACAAACUCAGAUUAAUUUUGCUCUUGAUGAAGCACUGAAAUCUCUUCCUGAGCCAUUCCGUGGUGCACUUUCAAAGGUCUCUCAGGAUUUCUUCUUAAAAGCUGUGUCAUCUGCACCUGCAUUUGCUGAGUUUAUGGAGUAUUUCUCCAAAAUGGGAUUAUCCGACGCUAAGCAGCCUUCUAGCAGUCCUCUUGGUGACUCAUCAGACACAUCCAUUGGUGCAUCAGCUCAAACAAUGGAUGUUAAUAUUGGUGAUGGACCAAAAUUUUUAAAUGAUUCGGCUUCACUAUCAACUGUAAUACCUGAUCCAGUUUCAGAAGUCAUGCAAAAGCAUCGUGAAAGUGAUUAUGUGAACUCAGGUGGAAGGGUCAAAAUUCCUGUUGAUCUUAAUACAGAUAUUCCUAGGAAUGCACACACACUGGUAUAUCCUUCAGUUGAUGAUUUACUGACCCCCAUUUUGACUGAGACCCAGGCCCCCAUCUCGGCAACUAAUGAUGAUAUAAACCAUGAUAAAGAAACCAGUGAUGCUCAUCGUAAAGGAAAAUCCAUUAUAUCUGCUGUCCCUUUCUCUAUGCCUCCCGUUGAUCACACUGCAGAGCACAAUUCAUGGAAUUAUGAGCUGCAGAACCCAUUUCUUGCACCGUAUUACGGAAUUACUGAAAUCAUGAGCAGCGAUAACAGCAAACAGCUUCCUGUUGGCAUGGGCUCUACAGCAUCAAAUCAUGGAUUCAGUUCUCCAGUUGAUGUCCCUACCAACAAGCAUAUCAGUGCACCUACAACUGAUGUGCCUCUGCCAAGUGGUUUCUUCCCUACUGGCCAUCCAUACAGGAGGGGUGAUGGAUACCAUGAAACUAUGCAUCGAACUUUCCAUAGGGGUGUCCAAUGUGAUGGCUGUGGAAUGCAUCCCAUAAUGGGUCCACGGUUCAAGUCCAAUGGGAAAGAGGACUAUGAUCUAUGUGGUAUUUGUUUCUCAGAGAUGGGUAAUGAAGCUGAUUAUACCAGAAUAGACAGACCUUCUCCCAUUUGUCAGAGACCGUACAACGACUUCUACAAUACCCAUUCUAGAUAUCUGCUUCCUUCAUCACAUGCUGUUCAUGGUUGCUGGAUGAGACCAUCAAGGGCAAAACUGGAAAGCCACUUUGUUCAGGAUGUAACUGUCCUGGAUGGAACUCCGAUGCCACCUUCUACACCAUUUACGAAGAUUUGGCGGAUGUGCAAUAAUGGUACCACCCGAUGGCCCUAUGGUACAAAUCUUGUGUGGGUUGGUGGAGAUCAAUUUGCAAAUCGCUGCUCGGUUCAGUUGGAGAUUCCAGUAAAUGGCUUCCCUUUGGACACAGAGAUUGACAUAGCUGUUGACUUCAGGGCACCAUCAAGGCCUGGUCGGUAUGUUUCAUACUGGAGAUUGGCAUCACCUUCUGGACAGAUGUUUGGGCAACGAGUUUGGGUUCUUAUCCAGGUGGAUAUGUCUCGGUUAAUUUCUUCGAGCAGCAACUUCCCAACUGAUCUCAACUUGAACCUGCCUCCUGAAAGUAGUGGACAAAAUGAGUUAGGAAUCAUUGAUGUGAAUGCUCAGCCCUUGGAUGGUGUUGGUUCUGAACCCAUUUUGCCAACCAAUACCAGUGAGUUGGUUAAACCGUUGGUUACUGAUAUCCCAAGUAAAACUGCAGAGCCUGCUGCCAGUGAUGCAAUUGCAGAGCCUGUGCCUGCUGUGAGUUCCUCCAUAUCGUAUCCUCUUAUCAAGUUCCCAGCAUGUUUAUCUGAUGCUUCUCCGGUUGCUGUUGUGCCACCUUCUGAGACAAUCCAUGAGGACAACCUAGUAGAGCAAACGCUACUGAAGAAGCUGGAAGAGAUGGGCUUUAAACAGAUAGACUUGAACAAGGAGGUUCUAAGGCUGAAUGACUACAACCUGGAGCAAUCUCUCGAUGAUCUCUUGGACGUUAAACAGAUUGACUUGAACAAGGAGGUCCUAAGGCUGAAAGAAUACAACCUGGAGCAAUUUGUUGAUGAUCUCUGUGGCUCUGCUGAAUGGGAUCCUCUUCUUGCCGAUCUGCAGGAAUUGGGUUUCUCUGACAACGAGACUAACAAGAAGCUGCUGAUAAAGAAUGGUGGCAGCAUCAAGCGAGUUAUGUCAGAUCUCAUUGCUGGGGAGAAGGGCGAGUAGCUUGCAUAUAUUAAAAUUUGUAUAUAUAUGGGCAUACACGGUAAAGAGGGACAUGGUUUAGUUGUCCUAUCUACUAUUUGUCUUGUAUGGGCUGCUGAAUUGAAGGCGUGUGUUGGGCAUGCUUAAUGUCAUCGAUGAAACAUUAAUAUCUACUAUUUAUCUAGCAGGCCAGCUGCUCUUAAUUUAUGAGUUGAUCAUUAGCUUUGCUGAUAUUU